AUGCACAUUUCCUGGCUGAGCCAUUAUUCAAGGGCAGUGAGCAUGCUAUCUUUUGUUUUUGUGACCAUCCUCACGCUGAUCUCCAUCUUCAGCACUCACUCUGAGAUGCCCAGAGCGUUCAAAGCGGCUUCAGUCGCACUGCUAUUUCUGUCCGGAUGUCUCAUUCGGUGCAUAGCAACAACACUUUACACAAAGGGAUGCAUAUGCAUGGUAUACACGCUUAUUCUCCACGGGAUCUUGCUUUUUGUACUUAUUCUCGGUGCAAGAAUGGGCUCUCACAAGUAG